GAAACCUUUCUGCAAAUUCUGACUUCUUAGUGCUUUUUGCAUAUUGCAUAAACAAUUAUAUUGAGUUCAUUGUGCAUAAACAAAGGUUCAUAAACAAAUCAUUUCAUAAUGGAAAAUUUAAAAAUAAUUUUGAAAUGGAAUGGCAAGGAAUACAACUUGGAAUCCUGUGAGAAUGAUAGUGUGUCAGAUUUGAAAAGAGAAAUACAAAAACAAACAGGAGUACGACCAGACAGACAAAAAUUACUGAAUCUUAAAUGCAAAGGAAAAGUGCCAGAAGAUGAUUGCAAGCUGGGCCAACUGAAGCUGAAAUGCCCUUUCAAAUUAAUGUUGAUGGGUUCUUUAGAAGAGGAUAUAGAAGAAGCUAACAAAGCUCCUAGUGAUCUACCAGAAGUGGUGAAUGAUCUUGACAUAGAAGAUGAAGAAGUGGCUAUAGAAAACCAAGAUGUGUACCUUGCAAAAGUAGAAAAACGAAUCAAUGAAUAUAAGAUUAAUAUAUUGAAUGAAUUCAGACCUGAUAAAAAAUUAUUAGUUUUGGAUAUUGAUUAUACACUGUUUGACCAUAGAUCUGCAGCUGAAACUGGUGCUGAGCUAAUGAGGCCUUAUUUACAUGAAUUCCUUACCAGAGCCUAUGAAGAUUAUGAUAUUGUAAUCUGGUCAGCUACUGGAAUGAAAUGGAUUGAGGAGAAAAUGAAAUUACUAGGAGUUGUAUCCAAUCCAAAUUAUAAAAUUGCCUGUUACUUAGAUUACCUUGCCAUGAUCUCUGUUCAUAUACCUAAAUAUGGAGUGAUAGAAGUCAAACCACUUGGAGUACUUUGGGGGAAAUUUCCCCAGUUUUCCUCAAAGAACACAAUCAUGUUUGAUGAUAUUCGUAAAAAUUUUAUCAUGAACCCAAGGAAUGGACUGAAAAUCAGAGCAUUCAGAGAGGCCCAUUUGAAUCGUCAUAAAGACAAAGAACUGUUGUUACUCUCACAGUAUUUGAAAGACCUUGCAGAUCAUUGUAGGGACUUCACUGAGGUCAAUCACAAACGGUGGGAAAAAUACAAACCAAAUAAAAGAUGAGUUUAAGAUGUAUCACAUAAGAUUUAUCACUCAAACAAUGUGCAGAUAUGUGAUCUUUUCAUAUUAUUUUCAUUUAAUAAUAAACAUUUUCUAUUGCAAUUUUUGUAAGAAUUUAUUUUCCACUUCAUGUGAGAAAUCUG